CCCGCCAGCCCGCCCACCUCCACAUGCACACACCCGCGGCGGGAGGAGGAGCGGCAUCUUCCUCGCCGUCUUCGUUUCGCCAAUUUAAUUCCCCUUGCAUCCUCGCCUCUUUUUCUUCCUCCUUUUUUUUUUUUUUUAAUUUUAAAUUUCUUGUUAUCCCUGUAAUUAUUUGUCGCGGCGCUCCAGCCGGCUCCCGGUGGAUAGGGUGGAUCGCUUUUCGUGGGAUCCCCGCAGCUCCUGGGGAAGGUUGCUGACACUGUGGUUGCAGUUUAUUCACAAGAUACCAACCAAACACUAGUAUUUGAAGAACCACUUGGAUAGGCACAGUUCCUCACGCAGCAUGCCUUUCAAAGCUGGAUUAGAACUGACUGAAUUGCAGAAUAUGACUGUCCCUGAAGAUGAUAACAUCAGCAAUGAUUCAAAUGAUUUCACAGAGGUGGAAAAUGGCCAGAUAAAUAGCAAGUUUAUUUCAGAUCGAGAAAGCAGAAGAAGUCUCACAAACAGCCACCUGGAGAAGAAGAAAUGUGAUGAAUAUAUCCCAGGAACUACUUCACUGGGGAUGUCUGUCUUCAACCUUAGCAAUGCAAUUAUGGGCAGUGGGAUUUUGGGUCUUGCUUUUGCCUUGGCCAAUACGGGAAUUGUCCUUUUUCUGCUGCUUUUGAUUUCAGUCACGCUGCUGUCUAUUUAUUCAAUACAUCUCCUGUUGGUGUGUUCAAAGGAAACAGGGUGCAUGGUGUAUGAAAAGCUUGGUGAGCAGAUCUUUGGUACCCCAGGCAAAAUGAUUGUCUUUGGCUCUACAUCUCUUCAGAACGUUGGAGCAAUGUUGAGCUAUCUCUUCAUAGUCAAAAAUGAGCUGCCUUCUGCCAUAAAGUUUCUAAUGGGAAAAGAAGAAACUUUUUCGGCAUGGUACGUGGAUGGACGGAUUCUUGUUGUCGUAGUGACAUUUGGCAUAAUCCUCCCUUUAUGUCUCCUUAAGAACUUAGGGUAUCUUGGCUAUACCAGUGGAUUUUCAUUAAGCUGCAUGGUAUUUUUCCUGGUAGUGGUUAUUUACAAGAAGUUUCAAAUUUCCUGUGGUGUACCAGAACUAAAUGCAACAUCUAUCCUAUCAAAUAGCUCAGCACAUGAACAUAUGUGUAAGCCAAAGUAUGUUAUCUUUAAUUCCAAGACCGUGUACGCUUUGCCCACCAUUGCUUUUGCAUUUGUGUGCCACCCGUCAGUCCUCCCGAUUUACAGCGAACUUAAAGACCGUUCACAGAAAAAAAUGCAGUUGGUUUCAAAUAUCUCAUUUUUUGCCAUGUUUCUGAUGUACUUUAUGACUGCCAUAUUUGGCUAUUUGACUUUCUACGAGAGUGUGCAGUCAGAUCUGCUUCACAAAUACCAGAGCAAAGAUGACAUCCUGAUCCUGACCGUGCGCUUGGCUGUGAUUGUGGCAGUGAUACUCACUGUGCCAGUGCUGUUUUUCACUGUGCGUUCAUCAUUAUUUGAGAUGGCCAGAAAAACAAAAUUUGACUUAGGCCGUCAUGUUUUGGUUACUUUUGUUCUUUUGGUUAUCAUCAACCUGUUAGUCAUUUUUAUCCCAUCCAUGAAGGAUAUUUUUGGAGUUGUAGGGGUCACUUCUGCCAAUAUGCUGAUUUUCAUUCUUCCUUCAUCGUUGUAUUUAAAAAUUACACAGCAGGAUGGAUCAAAGUUGACUCAGAGGAUUUGGGCUUCUCUUUUCUUGGUGCUGGGGAUAAUGUUUUCCCUAGUGAGCAUUCCCUUGGUCAUCUAUGACUGGGUACAAUCGGGAGGCAGUGCCGAAGGCCAUUGAAGUUCACCUCCUUCUGAAAAGAAGACACCCCUGUUCACUAUACACCAAAAUCGCAACCAUCUGUUCUGUUAUCUAUUCCAUCUUUUGUGAGUUUACUCAAAUCAAAUCCAAAUAAUUAUUAUCCAGUACUGAAAAUACUGUUAUGGGUGUAUUUUCUUUGAGAAAACAGACCCAUUUUUCCAACAGACAUAUCGAGUUAUCAGAUCAGUGAUAAGUCUGUGUUAAUUGUCCAUGAAGCUAUAUAGAGCAUUGCUCAUAGGAAUUCAUCUCAGUUAGUUUCCCCUCUUCCACUCAUGAACUGCAUUGUUUCAUUAUUGUCAUUAGCCCUUCAUCCACAAGUUCUGCUCCUUUAGAGCAGCAGCACCUGUUGCUAUCAAUUCCAACUGGAGUGAUGUCCAUUCACACCCUUCCCUCCCUCUUUUAGCCAAAACUCUGCUCUUUAAUUGUACACAUCUGGUUUGUUGGUUUGUUUGUUUCUUCUGUUGCAGUUUCAGGCACCAUUUGCCUCACUGGGUCAAGUGUAGGAUUGUGGAUACAGGCAUGAAAAGCACCACAAGAGCAUAACUGAGCGUUAUAUAAGCAUAGGUCCCAAAUCCGGUGCUUCUCUCUGGUAUUCUGGUGGGGGAGCCAGCCCCAGGGCUUGGCCUGUUCGUGGCUUUUGGGAACAGACUGUGUGUGUCUUUGUGAUGGGGUGCAGGGAGCAAGAGAAGGAUGGCCACCACCACCAGCCACCGUUCCCCUGGCACACUUCUGCUGGAGACUGACCAGAACUAGACUUGACCCCAAACCAUGAGUACUUGAGCCUGAAGAGAAGCAGACGUUCAGAGAUUUCCAUGGGAAGUCUGCAUUUUCUUCAGCAUUAAACUGUUCAGUAAUGUCCAGCUGCUGUCAGAAAAAAAUACUAAACUCCAGUUUUAUUAAAACCUACACAUUUAAUCAUACCUCAUGCCUUUUCCAUUCUAGGAUUCAUUUGUACAUACCUUACCCUCCUCCCACUGAAGUCAGCAGGAUCUUUGACAGCAGUGGGACUCUGAUUGGACUCACUUUGUAGUGGAAAUUGAAAUCUGCAACAUUUCUUUAAAUGAACAGAAAUACUUUUUAGUUUUAAAAGUUUCAUUUACAUUUUUCAUCAAUUCUUCAUAACAAUUAAAUGAUUUUCAAUUACUACUAGCAGAAACACUGUAACUUGCAUCUGUUGUCCACAGAAUAAGCAUUUGCCUAAUGCCUUAUAGCUGGUGUAGAGAACUACUUGUAGAGACUCAAAUGCUAAGCAGGUGAUUGUUCACCACCCUGAGCAGACAUCUUCUAUUACUGCACUGCCAGCAGCAUAAAUGUGUGCACUUUGUGUCAUUCACCAUGUGAGCCAAAAAGUGUCUCAGAAUAUGAAUGUGGCUCCCACUGAAAGCACUGAUGGCUAAAGGGAGCCCCUGUCAAGCCCCAGGGCUAAGUGAUGCUCUCAGUAUGCUCGAGCCAUAUCUCUCACUAUGUAGUAACCCUUUUGUUCCCAGUAGUGGUUCAUUGACAGCUCCCAUUGUAACUGUGGAAGCAUACUGUCAUCAGCUGUGAGGAACCUGUAAUUGCAACUUGCUCUUUUUAAGGUUAGGGAUGGAGUAUUUGGGGUCUUCGGAUUUCUGGGAGCUACUGAAUUGCCUCAGUUGCCAUGGCUUGAAGUCACUGAAAGUUGGGACCACAGAGUGCAUCUCAGGACCUUGAAAGUUGGUUUCUAAGGGUAACAUCCAGAGAGGUUAGUUUGAGGCCUUCCUUAGAAUUUGGGCAUUGAUCUGCAGUGUUCAUCCUGCAGAAACUAAGCCUACUAAGCCUAGACUUCCAGAUCUGUACCUCAGCCCAGGAAGUGAGGUAUCCGCCUCUGAUGAUAAUCCACUGUGAUCCAGAAAUAAGGCAGAGUGGACUCCACAGGCUGCCCAAGUCCUUGGAGUAGCCCAGCAGCAAGAACAAAACUGGAAGCCUUCUCCCUUCAGGCAAAGUGACCUGCUAGACUGCAGUGCAGGGUUCCUUUAUUCUUCCUUCCUCCUGGCCCCCGAGACCUUCACUCACAGGCUCCCAGCAAGAUCUCCAGUGCAGCACCCUUUCUCCCAAGGACCCCCUAGCCCAGCCUUUAACACAUGAACUGCUGAGAUACCUGGGACCACUGGGCUAAUGUCCCUUGGGCUUUCCUGUGGCUGGUCUCAGACACUGCGAUGGUGCAGGUCACCAGCUCUCUCUGUGCCAUCUCUUUAUGGGACUGAUCCCUGCCCUUAUUCACAAAGAAGUCCAUACCAUAGCCUACAAGACCAGGUGUUAGGCAAGCUCUGGGGAGAAGAACCUAUGCUUUGUUCCUAUCUCUUUGCACCUCACCCACCAGCUUGGCUGUAAGUUUGUGGCUCCUCUUUUGCAGGCACCCAACCCUCAGUGGUCACUACAGCAGGAGCCCAGCAUCUCACUCCAUUCUCUGACUCAACUUUCUGAGGUCACAUUUCAGGUUUUGAGGUGCCUUAUAAUCUCUCUGGAUCUUAUCCUGAAAAACCUAACUCAGACCUGAGGAUGCUGUACAGUGUUAUCCUUAAGAUGCUCCAGGGCUCUCCUGCUUUCCUCCCUGCUUUAUCCUUCUGUUACAGAUUAAUGAGCAGCAUUGCUCUGUGCAUCAGGGGUUGUGAGAGAGGAGAUCCUGGGAACAACUUUUAAGUACCCAGCUAUGAGCUAGAGGUCUGAUCUGGUGCACAGGGUUCCAGCAAGGUCUCAUCUGUGACAUCUCCCUCCUCUCCGUCCCCCCGAAUAAUCUGUAGUCUUCUGUUUGAAAUACCAACCAUUGAGUUUUGGCACCCAACUUCCUUCGACUGGAAGGGCUGUUGGGUCACUGAUUGCUCCUUUUAUAUUCCUAAAUCUCUUCCAUCACUAUUGCUUUCUCUCCUCUUUGCUGUUCUGCCUUCUCCUUUUUCCCAGUUUAUUUGUAUACUGGAGUUUUACUGAAUAAAUAGGGAGAAUGAGCUGAGUGUGCAUAGACUGAAAUUACCCAAGGUACUGGACCACCAAAGCAUAUCUUAGAUACUGAAAAAUAGAUACCCAAAAUAUUAAGUCUUUAAACAGACUUUGCUUCUGGGUCUCUUAACUAGGAAAAAACCAAACCAAAACAAAAA